AUGGAUAGCUCCGCUGCGUUGGAUCCCAACAAAGCAUCUCAUGGUCGACAAGCCGCCUGCUUGAAUUGUAGGAAAAGCAAGAUCCGGUGCAAUCGAGGCCAGGAUGAUGCGUCGUGUAGCAGAUGCAAACAGGCCAAUGUUGAAUGCAUCAUCCCCAGUCACCAUGUCGGUAGACAGAAAGGGGUCAAAAACAAACGCAAAGGCCUUGAAAAAGCAUUACAUCAGAUUGAACAGGCCAUAAAAAGGCCGAGGAGUGAUGCGUCAGGGUCUGAGGCGGCCCAGAAGCUCAUAUCUGACCUUCAAGAGAUGCUCAGCAAUACACGCGAACCGCAGUUACAUAGCGAGGCAGACGACCAGUCCGAAGAUUUUGACCGGUCCUAUACGUACCAUUCGCCCCGGGAUAAUAUCGACGAUAACCUGUCUCUAGAUGAUGCAGAGAAUCCUUUGCAACUACUCGCACGUGCAUCUGAUCUACAGCUAUCGCCGACCGAGGUGCGUGGUGCACACAAAUGGCCACCUUCAACAAUUCAACCAUCAGGCAUGCUGCAGAACAGCACCGAAGGAAGCGACCCUGCCGCGCAAUCAUAUUUUGUUCCUAUCAGGGCAAGUCUAGAUGUUGGCCCGGAUAUAGACCCCAUCGACAUCGGUCUUGUAACUCCGAGUGAAGCUGAAUCGCUGUUCUCUUUCUUUUAUCAGAACCUCGCACAUACUCGAUGGGGCCUUGAUCCCCUGGUCCAUACUGUCUCGUUUGUGCGGACCCAAUCCGCAUUUCUAUUCACCUCUAUCAUGGCCGCAGCUGCAUUGUUCUUGCCAUCUGCUACAGCACUGUCGAAGCGGCUAUCUAGACACUGCAAGACACUUGCUCAGAAUGUCAUUGUUCGACGCCACAGAUCUGUUGAGAUCGUCCUAGCCUUCAUGGUGAAUGUUCCAUGGAUGGAGCCAGGUAGUUGCUUAGGAGAUGACGAUACAUGUUCCUACAUUGCCAUGGCUCUAGCUGUUGCUUUGGAUCUUUCGUUGAACAAGAUUGUGCUUCCAUCAUCUAGCUUUGAGCCGAGUCUACUUAGGAGACUCGCCAAGGCCGAGACUAUCGAUGCAAAGAGAGCUCUAUACAUGGACCGAUUUGAUGGCGUAGAGCCGACAUCUGCAUGGGGCCGAAGACUUCUUCGAAGGCGCGAGAGAACUUGGAUAGCGCUGUUUGUUCUCGAAAGAGGUGUAUGUUUAGCUCGCGGACGAAGCUAUACAGUUCCUUCGACAGCCCUUAUAAACCACUGCGAUAAGUGGCAUGUGUCCGAUUCUGCAGACUCGCGCGAUGGCCCGAUGAACUCAAUGGCUGUCCUCAGACGGAACCUGGAUGGUCUCUUCCUGAGAGUAAAAGCCAAUUGCGAUAGCCACCAGGUCACAGAUGCCGGGUCUGAGGUAGCGCAAUCGAUCAAGAAUAUGAUUGAAAGCUUCUACGACCAGUGGUAUGAGAUAUGGGCACCUGAGAUAGGGGAAGGUCACUCACGCUCCCUUCCACCGUAUGUGGAGAUUCUUGUAACGCAUACGAGGUUAUCGACAUAUGGUGGUGUUAUCAAUCACCCUACAGCACCCGUGGAAGUCAAAAGAUUCUUUCGUGCCGCCGGCCUAUCUUCUGCACUAAAUGUCUUGAGAGCAGCUAUACAAGGAGAGGCGCGAUUGAAGUCUAUGCCUAACAACACAGUCAUCAUGAUAUCCUUUGCUGCAUGCUCAGCACUUAGUCUUAGCGUCAUGCCAGAAGACAGCAGGUCUAGUUUGGCGCCAAGUGUUCAUAAUCUGAUCGAAGAAACUGCAGGGGUCCUCGAGCGUAUCGGAGCUACUACCCGCCAUAGAAACGGCGCCUCUGUUCUCUAUGGGCGCUUUUUGAGGGCGCUUGUCAGACGCGCUCCUGUAAGCGCAGGCUCCCAGAACGGACCGCGAGGCUUGGUCGAAACGGGGGCCCUACAACCUCCGCCAGACUUGGAUGGGUAUUGCCCAGUGGCUUCCGGGACACAGCCAUCCUCGAUACCGUCGCCUUUUAUAUGGCCUGAACCACUUAGAUUUUCUGCCAUGUCCGAUGACCAGAUCAUAGACGCAGUGAACCGGGCUGGCACUGCAUUUGGGACAACUGUGCCUGACGUCCCACUGGAUGACCUAAUGACUUGGGACUGGUUCGACGUCGGAAAUGCGGCAGAUUUUGGCUUCUGA